AUGGCAUCUUCUUCUUGUAUUACAGCAACGGAAGUGGAAAAGGAAAGCACAACUGUGCCAAACUGGCUUGAACUUCCAAGAGAUGUAACUGUAAACAUCCUCCUAAGGUUGAAUACAGUUGAUAUAAUUACUAGAGCAUGUCAAGUCUGCUCUUUAUGGUGGAAUAUAUGUAAGGAGUCUUCCAUGUGGCGCACCAUUCACAUUACUAAUGUGUCAUAUUCACGUUACAAUCAUGUAGAUCUGGUUAAGAUUUGUUGCAAUGCAGUUGGGAGAAGUUGUGAUCAGCUAGAAGAAAUUAAUAUUAAGUAUUUUGGUACUGAUGAUCUCCUUCAAUACAUAUCUGAUCGACUUGUUGAGUGCCAAGGACUUAGUGAAGAAGGAUUUAUCAAUGCUGUAAAGAAACUACCACUGUUAGAGGAGCUUGCAGUUUCGCUUGACAACCAAAGUUUGUCUAUGGAUUGUCUUGAAAUUGUUGGCCGACACUGUGCUCGUCUGAAAUCACUGAGAUAUUGUUCUAAUUCUAGGGACUCUUUCGACUUGGAUGAUGAGGCAUUUGCUAUUGCCAAAACAAUGCCUGGGUUACAUCAUCUUAAGCUUUCUGGAGAUUUAGAAUUGACUCAACAUGGAGUUCUUGCCAUUCUUGAUGGAUGUCCUCUUCUUGAGACUCUUGAUCUGCAACAAUGUUGUUGUUUGUUUAUUAGCGAAGCUUUGGAGAAAAGGUGCCAUGAUCGAAUCAAGGAUGUAUAUUUUCCAAUUGGAAAGUAUUAUUCUUCUGAGGAUGACUUUCUAAGUGAAUAUUCGAGUGAAUCUUGUGAAUGGGACUGUCAUUGUCAUAUUUGUUAUAUUUAG